UAUUCCAGGGCGGCAACAACAGCUUUGUAGCCAGACAAACACGAGAAAAAAGCGAGCAAUAAAUGCUUGAGAAGGCCAAGGAUCAUUGGAAAAUUACGGCAAUUACAAACGAAUUAAUGCAAGAAAACUACAUCGAACUAAUAAAAAAAGAAAUUGUGGGCACACUAGUGCGUGUGUGAGUGCUUGCAAGUGAGUGUGUGCAAAGCGAGGCGAGUGACUAAUUGUGUGAAGAGAGCGAAGCCAAAAAACACAGGAGCCCAGUGACGCCAUUUUCUGUGUGCGAAUUAGCAAACGGAAAAAAAUCAAAGCAGGUGGGGCAACAAAAAACAGACGCAACGGCAACGCCGCGUGACCAAACACCAAGAAGUGAAGCGUAGAGAGGAAAGAGGAGAUAACAACACACAUACUCCACACAAGAAACGUAUACUUUCAAUGAGCAGCCUAAUCAACUUUCUAAAUCCAAAACUAAAACCCUCGGUGGAAUGCGAUGCCGUCUGUGAGGAUGGUUACACAGCAGCCAAUCUAAUAGCCGAUGAUGCGGAGCAGCUGGAGCGAGGCUUCAUGUGCUUCGCCGUCUGCAAGCCUCCCAUCGAGAUUAUCUUUGACUUUCCCAAAGCCAUCGAUAUGAAGGUCAUCAAGCUGUGGCACAGCUCGGGGGCUCUACGUUCGACGGCCUUCGAGGUGCACGGCAAGCACGAUGGAAUUUGGGAGCGUGUCGCGUAUGUGCGUGAUUUGCCCAAGGGCAUGGAUUCGGUGACGUUUUGUUAUCAAAGCGAUUACAAUUCGCGGAGUAACACGGCAGCUGCUCAGCAACAGAGCGAGAAGGUAUUUUUCUUUAAGACGGCACACAAGAUACUCGCGACCACGAAUAGUGUUAAGAUCGUGAUACGUGCUACGGAACGUUGUCCACCUGUGCUGCGCAAGAUACAGAUGUGGGGAUUGCCGGCACGUUGUCUGGAGAAGGCGGAUCGGGAGCUGAUGAAAACGAUUUGGAGUGAGAUAAGCGAUCCGUAUGGCCUAAGGGAUCAGGCGCUGCAGCAACAGCAACAGCAGGCUGGCCAACGUUCUCCGUCGCGUCAUAUUCCCGAGCUGCGCGAACAGUCAACGUUGGAGAUACCGGAAGAGUUCCUCGACUCUAUCACAUGGGAUCUAAUGAUAUUUCCCACUGUGCUGCCUUCGGGCAAAGUGGUCGAUCAGUCCACCAUCGAUAAGCAUUCGGAGGAGGAAGCGAAAUGGGGCCGAUUGCCUUCGGAUCCGUUUACGGGCCUUGAAUAUACCUCACAACGUAAAGCAAUUUUAAACCUGGCGCUUAAGGCGCGCAUCGAAAAGUUUCUAAUGGAGCACUCAGAGCACUUCAAGUCCGUGCCACGUUCACUAGGCAGCUCGCGUAUGCGUCGCCGUCACGCCUCACAGUUCGCUAGCCACAUGUGUCAUCAGCAGACAUCCGCUGCCGGCACAUAUUCCUCAUUGAGCAGCCUCGCUUACAAGCAUCAGCUACAGCAACGCAAGACCAAGUCAACAGUCACUGCCACCGCCACAUCGGCAUUCUCAGGAUCAGUAUCGCCAACAUCGCCGCCAGCGGCAAAGCGGGCGAGGCACAGUCACUCGACAUAUGCGGCAAGUGCCACAGUUACAGCAACCAGCAGCAACAGCAACAACAGCAGUGCGGAUCAGACGCCUACCUCAUCAUCAACAUCUGCCACAACUACAGCAGCAGGCAACAACACGUCUUCCAUUGAUCAGGCCAUACAACAGGCACUGCAGAAAAUCACCCGCUUCACCCAAGUGUUGCCCCUGCAACAACAGCAACCGCCCAGUUGCAUUAAUUGUCGCAGCGGGCAGUUCGCUUAUGAGAUUCGCACUUGUCGCCAUUUGGUUUGUCGCGAAUGCCUCGUGAUGUUGUCGACAGCUCAGCAAUGUGUUUGCAAGGUGGCUUUUUGUGGUGGUGAUGUGGAGCGUUAUCACAAGCUGCCGUAGUUGUUGUGCCUGCUCCACCUCCGACUUCACUCUCUAUAUAAAUAUAGUCUCGUAUUCUAGUGCUUCUAUAUAUACGCAUAUAUAGUACAGACUUAGGUUUUAUUUGUAAGCAUUCUUUUCGUUGCCAAUCAAUUCAAAUAUGAUUCGAUUUUUUUAAAUUUGUCUUUACAAUCUAUAUAUGUAUUUUGAUUAUUCAGUUCGUAAGCUCGUAAAUCGUAGAAUAAUUUCUAAUCAUAUCAGCGUCGAUUUUAGCAAGUGCUGAGAGUUUUAUUCAAAGCCAAAAUACAACACUUGGAUGAUGGAUAAUGGAUGAUGUUUGAUCAUCCAUUGUUACAUUAAUUAUCAGUAUCAGGUCACAUUUAGUCGGCAAAGCGAUUAAACUUAAUAUAUAGGCAUAAAUACUACUACAAAUAUGUAUGCAGAUAAUAAUGCAAAUAGAGCCAGAAGAUAAAGCGCGCAUAAUUUUUGUAGACUUUAUACAAUCCCCCAAACAAUUUGAGAGGACCGAGAGUAUCAAGCGCGAAGUUUAUAUAUAUUCUUUAUUGAAAUAAAGUUACAACAAA